AUGUUCACCAAAAUCCUCGAUGCCGGUUAUCACCUGUUUUGCCGGUUAUCUCAUUUAAUUAGAGAUGACAUGUCUUAUUAUGUGGACCUAGAACACAUUGCAAACCAAGAAGUGGUAAAUGCGAGUGUUACAUUGAAGAAUGUGGACUCCGAUUCCAAACUCCGUAAGUAUUUAACAGUUUAUGUACAUUAUAAUGGUUUAUUCGCACCAAAACCAUUAGUGUACUUGAACGUUGUUGUUGCUUCAAUCUCUGAUGUCGAUUUUGGUGCAAUGGAUCUCAAAGAGUUUAAGUUGUUUAUUGCAAUGUUGAUUGAAGGUAGAUGCGAUAAUGUACAUUACUACACUAGAAAUGAACCAUUGACAGAGGGUAUUAGGAGAAUUGGGAAUGAUGUUGACUACUAUGAGUUUAUUGAAACAGGUUAUAGUGAUGAAGUUGGUCUAACAAUGAAUGUGUAUAUAGACCACGAAAAUGAAGUUGUACUUGAUUGGGCUGAUAUGGAAGUACUAGAAGAUGAUGAAGGGCAGUAUUUUGAGCCAGAUGUGGAUGAUGAUAAAGAUUCACAACUUUCUGAUGAUAUUCCAUAUGAGCAUGAAGUAAAUGGUUACAUUCCUUCUCUUGACAAGAUUGUUGGUGAUGAAUUCUUACACCGGGUGUCAGGUAUUUCUAAGGAUAAAAAUGAUGAUCUUGAAACUGAUAAGGUUGAAACCAACAAUGGGGAUGACAAACCAAUGUACUCUGUCCAUAAUGAGAACCAAAAAUAG